AUGUGCGCGUGCCGUAUCGCCUUUUCCACGCCACCACACUCGCAGCCGCGAUCCUUGCUAGGAGAGUACAGGGUAGCGGCCAUUCCUGUGGCAAACCCGACGUCGCACCUCCCUUUCCCCUCAGGUCGCACCUCCCUUUCCCCAGGUCGCACCUCCCUUUCCCCAGGUCGCACCUCCCUUUCCCCCCAGGUCGCACCUCCUCCUCCUAUCUCCUCCCAUCCCUCACUCCCAUCUUCCUAUCCCCCCCAACCCCUCUCUCAGCUCAUUCUAUCUCCUCCCUUCCCUCGACCCCUUCUUUCCCUCACGUCUCCCCCUCCUUUCCCCGUUUCCCCCCUCCAUGCCCUCAUUCCCAUCCCUCCUUCCCCUCAUUUCACCGUUCUCUACCCCAUUUCCCCAUUACUUUGUCUACAUUUCCCCCCUCCCCCCUUCCGCCACCCGUGUCUGCAGCCUCGUGACCGCCACGGAACCGCCAGCUGCGCGUUUGACGGGAUGCGCGAGAUGCGGCCAUUCAUGCGCCAGCACCUUUCCUCAUCCCUCCGAACCUUUCGCACGAACCUGCGCACCUCACUUUCCCUAUCACUAUCCCUCACUCCAAACCACUAUCCAUACCUUUGCUGA